UUACUCUAACGGUGUAAUUAUGUCAAAAUUUUAAAUUAUCUUAUACAUUAUUUGUAUUUAAAAAAAUUAAAGAAAUAAAAUACUUAUAAUGUAAUGGGUAAUUACAUUUUCCCAAAUGUUUAAUGGGCUAUUUGAUUUUUUUUGGAACAAUUUUUAGAGUUUAUUUUGCUGCGGCACGGUGCACAGUGUUCUGACCCUAAGCCUCCACGGUGGCAGAACCUGAAGUUUCUAUUGGCUCAACAUUGUCACAAUAUCGCCGUUGAUGACAUAUUAAGCCCCAUAGAACUCUCACUCCCCUCCCAAUCAGCCCAAUAGCUACGCGCGCUCUCCAACAGCCACGUGACAUAAUCCAUUGCGCAUGACUGCACGCGCCUAGUUUCCGACUUCCCCCCUUGCUGGAGAGCUCUGUUCAUCCUUGACCGCCUUGUUCUUACGUGGUUUGACUGCCGCAUUAAGAUAAAACAUUUACAUCCAUCCUAUAAAUUCCUUUCGGUUAGAUUGUGUAUAGCAGACCCAGGAACGGCAAAAGAGCUGAGAUUUUGAGGGGAUUUAUUAGGAAUUAUACAGGUGUAGAUACAGAUCAAUGUAUGUAUAGGCGAAAUGGUGGAAGCUGAGGUCGAAGAGAGGAAAGGGAGGGAGAAGAAUAAGAAGAAGAAAGGAAGAAGAUGGGGAUGGAUGCCGAUUGGCGCGGUGAUGAUAGCAUUAGCAGUAGGGUUUUUUCCUGCACAUAAUUUCAAAUCUUGUCCCUGUGCUCAGGAUUCUCGAAAAUAUACUGGAAUUGUUGAGGACUGCUGCUGUGAUUAUGAAACAGUUGACACUCUUAAUGCAGCUGUACUGCAUCCUUUACUCCAAGAACUUGUUACAACUCCAUUCUUCCGAUACUUUAAGGUGAAGUUAUGGUGUGACUGCCCUUUUUGGCCAGACGAUGGUAUGUGUAAGUUGCGUGACUGUAGCGUGUGUGAAUGUCCGGAAAAUGAAUUCCCAGAACCUUUUAAGAGGCCACUGCAACAUGGUCUUGGAUCUGACGAUCCUAUUUGCCAAGAGGGAAAGCCACAGGCUGCAGUUGACCGCACAUUAGACUCUAAGGCUUUUAGGGGCUGGAUGGAAGUAGAUAAUCCUUGGACGCAUGAUGAUGAAACUGAUAAUGAUGAAAUGACCUAUGUAAAUCUCCUACUGAACCCUGAGCGCUACACUGGCUAUAGUGGACCAUCAGCCAGAAGGAUAUGGGAUGAAAUUUAUUCAGAAAACUGCCCAAAAUAUGCCUUUGGAGAAAUGUGCCAGGAGAAGAAAGUGUUGUACAAAUUAAUAUCUGGUCUUCACUCCUCUAUUUCAAUACACAUAGCCGCUGAUUACCUUCUCGAUGAAACUAAAAACCUGUGGGGUACAAAUCUGGAAUUGAUGCAUGAUCGUGUUUUGCAAUAUCCUGACCGUGUCAGAAACUUGUAUUUCACUUUCCUCUUUGUUCUUAGAGCUGUCACAAAAGCAAAAAAUUACUUGGAACAGGCUGAAUAUGACACUGGAAAUGUGGAGGCAGAUCUGAAAGCGCAGUCCCUUAUGCGCCAAUUACUUUACAACCCGAAACUUCAAGCUGCAUGUCCACUUCCAUUUGAUGAAGCUAAACUGUGGAAAGGCCAAAGUGGACCUGAGCUGAAGCAGCAGAUUCAGAAACAAUUCAGGAAUAUCAGUUCUUUAAUGGAUUGUGUAGGAUGUGAAAAAUGCCGUCUUUGGGGAAAGCUUCAAGUUCUCGGUCUUGGAACUGCCUUAAAGAUUCUUUUCUCUGUCGAUGGUCAGACGAACUCAGAGCCACCUCAGCUGCAGUUGCAAAGAAAUGAAGUCAUCGCUCUAAUGAACCUGCUGAAUCGCCUAUCAGAAUCAAUCAAUUUUGUGCACACGACGAGCCCAUUGGUUGAGAAGACAAAGUGGUGGAGGCUUGUUUCAGAUCACCCAACCACGAUUAUUAGUUCAUGGAGAAGAAUAUGGGAGAGAAUAGUAGAAAAGGUGUAUUAACAGAACCGGUCCUAUGAAACAUUGCCAUUAAGAAGUGUCUAUAUAAAGAGAGCUCCCAGAGUCAUAUAGAAACACCAAAGAUCAAAUUAUCAGGAGAAGGCUCCAUCUUUGUUGAUGAGAUGAUGACUGGAAACUUCAAUUCUUGUCAGAAUGUAAAUUUUGCCACAUUAAUCCUCCUCCUCAAAAUGUCUGUAACAUUAGUUUUAAGGUUUAUCUAUGUCUCUGAUUACAACUGGCACGAAAUGAGAAAAUUUUGCUUCCAAUAUUGUUUGCC